AGAGCCCCCCUAACUGAUCUGCAAAAGUGUCAAGCAAGUCGUUUCCCAUCUUUGCACCUUGCCUUCCAGUAGAGUUCUUGCCUUUCAAGAUAAAUCCUGUCUUCCAGGAGAAUAUCUGCCUUCCAGAAAUCGAACUCACGACCUCUGAUCUGCCAGUCUUGAAGCGUCUUCAUCUUUGUCAGUUGGAAUGUGCUCUGAGGGACAAAUUAGCCUAUAUUUUUUUCCACUACAUAAAAUAGCUCAAAAAUGAAAAUUUCAUGUAUAACUCAACUUUAAAUUUAAAAUACCGUUCUAGUUUCAACACAACAACUGAAGAAAAUAUUAUCGUCAACAAGAUUUGAACUCUUCUUCCGUCAAAUAUGUCCUGUAAACUAUGUCAAUAUUUUUGACAGUUUUUCUUUUGCCGUUGUAAGAAGGAAAUUGUGACAAAGCUUUUUCACCUUGAAUCUCAACGACUCCAUCAUCCUUAAAUUCCUCUCCCAAAUAAUUUAAAUAAAAAAGCAUGCUUCCUUUGUCCUUCAACUUAUUUGUAAACUUUGAAAAACACACUCCAAAAGAAGUCAAAAUUGUCGUUCAAACUACAGCUUCUUUAAAUGACCAGUAAAACCAUCUUGUCAAUUUCAUCAAUGCUGGUCUACAAACACCAUAUUUAAUCUUCUUAUCCCAUCUCUACGACAACCAUAACCUGGAUCUUGAAUAAUGGAUUUGAUGGAAACCAUGGCCGUUGAUCAUGUGAUCAUCACAGAUAACCCAAGUCCAAGAAUCUCAUUUUCUGAUGAAGUUGCAAUGUUUAAAGACACCCCAUAUCGCUCAGAUUCUGCACAGUUUGACUCAGCUUCUGAUUUUGAUUUCUGUAAUACCAGUAAUGGAACUUGUUUAGCUGAUGAGCUAUUUUCAGAUGGCCUAAUUCUACCUCUCCAACUUCAAGAAAAGUUUGUUAAUUCCAAACAACUUUCGACGUCUAAGCCUCCACCGCCAUUUCCUCCAACAAAUCAGAAUUUAAAGCAGGAAAGCAUUGAUCAAAAGCCUCAAUCAAAGUCACCUUUCUGGCAUUUGAAGAGAAGUAGUAGCCUUCAUUGUGAUGACAAUUCCAAGAAAAGUUCGAUUUGGUCUUCGUUAUCGCGUAGUAAUUCAACAGGCUCUGUCCCCAAUUCGAAGAAGCUGUCCAAGAAUUCUUCUGCAAAAGUUGGUUCACAAAAGCCACCGUUGAGGAAAAAUCCUAGAGGGCCCUAUGGUACUGGUGUUCAGAUUAGUCCAGUACUGAAUGGACCACCUCCUUAUAUUAUGUCUGUGAGUACUGGUAAUCUCUUUGGUCUGGGGACAUUGUUUCGCAAUGGAAAAGGCAAGAACAUCAAGAAAUGAUCUUCAUGUAAUUGACCAUCGUUAAUUAGGAUACUUGGAAUUUUAUGUAAGAUAUCGUGUCCAACAACAAAUGAAGCCUUUGGGGUCGGCUGAAAGAAUUCCUGUUCAUCACUUUCUUUCUGUUCGUUGUUCGAUCUAGAGGGAGACCUAAGGCAUAUCGUGUAUGUAAAUCAUUAUGAAGAAUUAUUGACUAAGAAAUGGUAGAAUUAGAUUAGAUGUAUAAUAGAAGGGAUAAGGAAAGAGAAGGAUAAUCAGAAUUUAUGGAGAGUUUUGUGAAUUUUCAUGUUGAUGCAUAUCAACAUGUCACUAGCUGAGGAGACAUAAAAAAAACAGCUAACCUUGUUCAUGCUUGUCCGUUUCGGUUCUUCUUUAAGCUUUUUGUUUUAUGCUUACCUGCUUUGUUUAGAUUUUUCUUUGGAUUUUCAUGGUACUAAAUGUGAUUUUUCAGGGUUUUUUAUUUUUUCCUGCCAUGAUUUGUAGCAGCAGCAGUAUUUUCAUUAACAUAUGUAACUAAUCUACUGCUGCUAUG